GGCGCGCGUGGUGUUUGGACGUGUUUUGGUGGUAACCUGGCUGCGACAUUAGGAAGUCACUGUGUGUCAGCUGUGAAUGUGUUUCAAGUUCAAGCUGCUGAUUGGUAGGUGCCCAUGUGGCUUAUGCUUGGCAGUUGCCCUCCUGCGUCGUAGGCGUUUUCAUUGUCGCCAAGCGCCGUUCUGCCUUUGACUCACCUCCUGAGGUGUCUAGUCCUGCCGAGUGAAGUGAUCAAUUUGCCACCACCCUCUCUGCUGCUGUUAUUUGUAAUCGUCACCGUUGUUGUUGUUGUCGUCGAUGUUGUUGCUGCGGGGAAACCUUGGUGUACAUUUGCAUCCAUUUGUUGGGUUGCUGGAACGGAAAGCAAACGCGACGGGGAAUCGAAAGUUUUCGCGAAGGGAUUUUGCCGCAGAGAUAAAGUGUUAUAGUGUCGGAAAAGCCAUCGUUUGCUCUACUGUGUGUCUGUGUGUCUGCGCCAAUUUAGCCGUCCCGUGUGCUACAACUUGUAAUUAGGGGUCGUUGCGGAACAAAUUGGAUGCUUCUUGAAACCGGAAGAUUGAGAUUAAGCCGGUAAAAAAUAUUCACAAAGGAAAAUUUGAAAAUUAAGUCGUCAUCUACGAAGUGUCCAGUGUAAAGAAAAAAGUGAAACAAAUUGGAGGAUGCCUCAACAAAUGAUGUCCCAUAAAGUAGAAGCUGGAAUCUAAUUAUUCAACCCGUCGCUAUCGUUAGUACAUAUAUGAAUGUGCACGCUUCUUCUCCGUUCAGUGAUCAUUUGUGAAACGGCAAGUGUAAAUAGUGGCUCUGGGUGUUAAUACGAGAGCGACGACGAACAAACGAGUGCGCAAAAGUUGAACAAAUAUUGGCUGAAUAGCCGCCGCAGAUGGCAGUGAUUUCAUGACCAUUCAUAAGUUCUUUUUUUAUGCACCUCAACAUUUUGCACCGGUCAAAUGUGUGAAGCUUUCGAGUUCUAUUGGAUUAUCGCAUGUUUUUAAACUUGGUGGUAGCUGAGAAGAGAGGAAAACAUAACGACAAUCACUGUAGGAACCAUCUGAUCUCCCGAAAAUUAGGGAAUUUCCGGUGCUUGACCGUCAAUAAUGGAACUCCUAGUAUCGCAAACCACUGACCAGUGCGAGGCGAACCUGCAGUCAAACUCUCGCCGCACUAGCAGCUGUGGGAUCGUGAAUCCGGCAGCAACCCUAGAUCUCGACGACACCGGCAGUAUUAUUAGUGAUAUCUCGAAAAUUCCACGCGUGCCCGGUGAUGGGGCCGCCCAGGUGGAAGAAGUGGAUCAGACGUGCGGUGUGGCCAACUUGGAGCUACGGAAGCAGGAACGACUUCCAUCGCUAGCCCUACAUCAACCGGAAGUUGAACGGAGCCAGCAGCCAAUGAUGAGCAACGGAGAUCUGCGACAGUCUGCCGAAGCACGAAUAUCACCAUCCCCAGUAGAGAGCCACCAGCAGAAACCGGCGACGAACGGUGCAACCACACCAGUCACGACCGAUGAUAGCAACGGAAAAUGUGGUCCCCCACCCGGCGGAGGAGGUGAUGAAUGUGGAAAUGGUGGUGAAGGUGGUGGUGGAAACGUCGGCAAUAGCAACACACUCCCACCCCUCAGCAGCAAUACGUAUUCGGCCUUCAAGCGGGGCAACGUUAUCAAGGGCAUUCUGUGUCCCUCGAUGACCAACUCUUUUCGGGCACCGUCCCUCGAGCGAUCCUAUCUGACCUACUCCCACCGGCAACGGCAAAAGUCGCUCAUCCUCGUCAAUGUGGUGGAUCUGGUGCUCAAGAUUGUGCUGGCGUCUGUCUGGAUCGGAUUCAACCAUCCGCAGUCCAUCAAACCUCACGAAAUCACCUGGUCGGUGUGCUGUGUCAUCUCUAACUUUUUGAUCUGUGUGCUGGGCAGUUGGCGGUUGUUUGCCAACAACUAUCUCCAUUGGGCUGCCGUCUGCACGUGGCUGCUGUUGAACCUGCAAGGCUUCAUCGGCGAAGGGUUGGGCUUUGCCGAACGGGAGUACCUCAUCUGGUAUGUCCUGUUCAUCAUCUUUGUGCCAUACGCCAUGCUGCCACUGCCGUUGAAGUGGUGCAUGAUUGCCGGUUCAAUGUCAGCCAUUUGCCAUCUGAUCGUUACGACGAUCAACAAGUUUCUACACGAGACGGACACAACCUGCAUCGUCCGUCAGAUGAUUGCCAACUCACUGCUCUACCUGGCCAUCAAUUUUGCCGGAAUGUACACCAAGUAUCUCACCGACCGAGGUCAGCGGUUGGCCUUCAUCGAAACGCACAAAGCCAUGGAGCACAAACGGGAAUCGGAAAAGGAAUACCAACGAACCCAGCGGUUGCUCGACUCGAUUCUUCCGAUGUUCGUAAACAAUGACAUCCGCAAGGAGAUGUACAAAUCACCGGAACAGCCCCAGGUGGACACCCAGUUCAAAAAGCUCUACAUCUACCACAUGGACAACGUGAGCAUACUGUUUGCGGACAUCAAGGGGUUCACCGAGCUGGCCAGUAAGACGUCGGCCCAACAGUUGGUUAAGGUGCUGAACGAUCUGUUUGCCCGGUUCGAUAAGAUAGCCGAGGAUAAUCACUGUUUGAGGAUCAAGCUGUUGGGGGAUUGCUACUACUGCGUGUCGAUGUUUGAUAGUCAGAGUUGGAAGAGCCGUCCAGAUCAUGCGGUUUGCAGCGUUGAAACGGGACUGCACAUGAUCAAAGCCAUCAAGGACGUCCGGGUGCAAACGAAUGUGGUUGACUUGGAUAUGCGAAUCGGGAUUCACAGCGGUUCGGUAAUGUGUGGAGUGUUGGGUGAAAAGAAGUGGCACUUUGAUGUGUGGUCAAACGACGUGAUAAUAGCCAACCACAUGGAAUCGGGAGGUGUUCCCGGACGGGUUCAUAUAUCGGAAGCUACGCUCAAUUGUUUGAAUGAUACGUAUGAAGUCGAACCGGGCAACGGUGCCAGUCGGGAUAGUCAUCUGAAGAUGAUGAACAUCAAGACAUAUCUAAUCAAGCGGACCGAACCGCUACGGCCAAGAAAAAGACUGAUGAAUCGGAUGAGUACGCUUCAGUUCGAAAAGGAGACUAUAAGUAAGAUUAACGAUCCAAGGUAUCGGAAGGACUCGAAGACACCUAGUGUCGCCUCUAGUGGAACUAACAACAAUAAUCAUAUCACGAAACGGAGCUCCAAGUCGACAAUACACGAGGACGAAACAACCACGGACUGGACUCCGGAGAUUCCGUUCGGAAACUUAAAUCAGGUCGGAAUCAACGCCGCCGAGAGUUUCCGUGAUAAGCAAAACUAUGACACCGAAGACACGCUUCCCUCGACAGAAGAAGUCGACGACAUCAUUGAUCAGAAUAUACAAAUCAACUCGAAUAAGCAAAUGCGAGAGGAAUAUCUCUACACGUGGACGCUCAAAUUUAAAGAUUCAUCCCAGGAGGGCACGUUCUGUCAACUCCGGGAAGACAUGUUCCGAUCGAACAUGCUGUGCGUAUUUGUUGUUUGGAUUUUCAUCGUACUUUGUCAAGCUGUGAUCAUCCCCAAAUGUACCAUUCUGAUCGUGUCUCUUUCGAUCACUACCUUUGUGCUCACGAUAGGUUGCGUGCUAGUUAUGGCCGAAGAGUUCUCCACGCUUCCAGAGUUCCUUCAGAAAAGUUCUUCCACCCUAGUUCACGAUCGUAAGCGCCGAACGAUCUUUGUUUGCAUAACCAUCAUCCUCAUGUCAGCCGCUAGCUCUAUGGGAUUGAUCAUGUGCGAUCUUGAUGAACCAAUAUCCACCGUCGAAACCAUGCACAAAGAACCAUCCGUUGCGUUCCUUCAGACAGCUGGAACAAAACAGGAACUCCAACUCAAUCUCACCGUAACGGCAACCAUCAAUCAAAACCUAAUUCUAAACUCGCACAAAAUCGUCAAUCUAGACCUUGAAUCUCUGCUCGCCGAUCAGAACAAAACGCUUAAAGACCUAGACGAACAAGAACUCCAAUCCAUCGGACUAACUCCCACCUACAUAGAUCUUCCACAGAGCUACAAAGUAUCGUCUUUCAAUGCAUCGGACGACCCUUUCCAGGAUAAAGAUUCCAUCGAAUAUAAACACCCACCCACAUCGUUCGAUAACUACGGUCACCCAGUCUGCGUCCAUCCGGAAUACGUAGUAUUCACCUGGGUCCUGUGUCUAAUAUCUCUAGCCACGGCCCUCAAACUGUACUACCUCGUGAAAACCUUCAUGGCCAUCACCAUGGUCGCAUGCUAUUCGAUCCUGAUCCUGCUCGUGUUCAACGAGGUGUUCGAAACGUACGAUAUCCAAUUCAUGCAAGCCAGCGGAAUGCCCCUGGCCGCUCAGAUGAUGAUCCUGUUGGUGGUUUUUCUCACCAUGGUCACCUACCACGCCCGGUUGGUGGAGGUUACCUCUCGGUUGGACUUUAUCUGGAAGGAACAAGCCGAGAAGGAGCUGUCCAACAUGAAAUCGAACCGCCACCUGAAUGAUCUACUGAUCAAGAAUAUCCUCCCUGAUCACGUGGCGGCUUAUUACCUAUCGGAGGAACGGGCCGAUGAGCUGUACGCCCAAAUGCAUGAACUGUGCGGUGUGAUGUUUGCAUCGAUACCGAACUUUAAGGACUUCUACUCGGAGGAUAUCGAAAAUGGGAAGGCUUGCAUCAGGAUACUGAACGAAAUCAUAUCGGAUUUCGAUUCGCUGCUGGAGGAGGAACGCUUCAAGACGGUGGAGAAGAUCAAGACGGUCGGAGCAACGUACAUGGCGGCAUCGAACCUGUGCUCCGGGAAUAAGACCAAAGUAGACGAAAAGGACGAGGAAGCCGUAUGUGAUUUGGUGGAAUUUGCACUGGCCAUGCGUCAAAAGCUUCAAGAGGUCAACAAGGAUGCAUUCAACACGUUCCAGCUGCGGGUUGGCAUAAGCAGCGGUCCUCUGGUAAGCGGCGUCAUCGGGGCUCGGAAACCCGUCUAUGACAUCUGGGGAAACACGGUCAAUGUCGCGUCUCGGAUGGAUUCCACCGGAGAGAACUGGAAGGUUCAAGUCCCGGACUAUACGGCUGCUUUGCUUCAAACGAAGGGCUACACGUGUGUCCAACGUGGUGAGGUAAACGUCAAGGGCAAGGGACUUAUGUUGACCUACUGGGUGCUGGGAAUGAACGUUUCCGCUAGUCAAUUAACCUCUCCGGCCCUGAUGCCCGCCGGAGUGCCACAGGUACAGACGCCGUCCUUGCAAAGACAAAUUUCUCAGCAUAGCUCUCUGGCGGCAGUGGUAUUCGGCAUGAUGCAGGCGUCCAAGAGAAGCAAUCAUAACUCCACCCCAACCGCAACGCCGUCCCCGAGAACCCGGUUCGGGCGACGGGGAAGCACAUUCAGCUCAGUGAGAUUGAGUCAGAAAGUGCAGUCUAACAAUCCAAUCCGACGGAAUACGACUCGGGUGCGGGGACGCAGCUAUACUAUGAAAAAGCCCACCAUCCCUCACUCGCCAUCGGUACAGAUUCCGCGCUGUACCACGCCGGAAAACAAUGUGAUACCAUCCUUCCUGCAGCUGCAUCAGAACGUCAAAGAGGAACAGACUGGAGUGUAAUCGGAAGAUUGAAAGUGAAUUUUUUUUCCAUAAUAAUUCUACAAAUUUAUCGCUAGUUGUCUGCUGCUUUCUAUGUAAAUGAGAUAGUGAAAGCAUCAGCAGGUCUUAGCACAAGAAAUACAACAAACCAGUAGCCAAAUCUUGUAUUCUAGUCAUGAAAUCAAGCAACUAAAAUCAAACACAAAUAUUUUACUGUUACUCUUCUAGCACAAUUCAUUCUAAGUCAUAAUUCAGUUCUGUCUUUUGAAGAAAACAGAACAAAAAACAAGUUUUAAAGAUAAACCAAACAAUUCUUCGGGAGGAAACAUAAAGAAAAAAUCAAAACAACAAUUUAACAAGAACAACACUUCAUGAAUAGAGAUAAAAUCAAGAAAACAACUAGUGACAAGACACCUAAAUGUGAUUCUAAAUGUAUUACCAUUCAGUUGAAGGACUGUAUUUGCUGUACUUGUGAAGUAUAAACAAAAUAAAGCUCGAUGGAACAAACUGUCAUGCCA